AUGACCGGUGAGGCCAAUUCUUGGAGAUGGUGCGCAUCUUCAGAAGGAUCAUUUUCAACCAAGUCUGCAUAUGCCUUGGUGAAAGCUUCAAGGAUCAUCGCCAACCAAACGAGCAUCAACAAAGAAAGCAUUAAGCAAGUUUGGGCCACCCCGGCUCCUCAAAAAGCAAGAGUCACGUCAUGGAGACUUCUAAGAAAUAAAUUACCAACGUGUGACAACUUGAGGAAAAGAAACAUUCAACUUGGAGAAGAAGAGGCUAUGUGCAAUGCAUGCUGUCAACAUUACGAAUCGACGGUCCACACGUUCAUUGAAUGCCCAAAGACGGAAAAGGUCUGGACCGGCAUUCAAAAUUGGCUGGGAAUCAGCGGCCCACGACCGCAGGAUAUUGCAGCGCAUUUCGACGCCUUUGCUAACUUGGGAAGGAAACGGAACAGAAUUUUCUUAAGGGCUCUCUGGAUGUGCACCACUUGGAUUCUUUGGAAGAGUCGCAACGAAAGCAGAUUCGAAGGUAGGCCUUGGAAAAUUGAAAAUCUGAUUAGAGAUAUCAAAGUUAGAGUAUGGAGCUGGAACAAGGUGUUCAAGCUUUUGGACUGGAACUGUAAUUUUUCUUCAUGGAUGACAGGUGAUAUGUUCAUGUUUUGA